AUGUCUGUCGAUUCACGCCGCAGUAAUAGAGAGAAAUUAGAAGAGUUUAUAGAUUUAUACAGGAAGUUACCAUGUCUAUGGCAAAUAAAAAGUAAAGAAUACCAUAUUCGCGACAAAAAGAACGCUGCAUACCAACAAUUGGUAGAUGUUUUGAAAGAAAUAGAGCCGGACGCGAAUCGGGAAUCAGUGAUUAAAAAAAUUAAUACCUACAGGACAAAUUACCGAAAAGAACAGAAAAAAGUCGAAAAUUUUAAGAAAUCAGGGGCAGGCAUUAACGAUGUAUACCUGCCGAGUCUAUGGUACUACGAUAAAUUGCAUUUUAUCCGCGACCAAGAGACACCAAGAACAUCGCAAUCGAACCUGACUGAGGAAUCUACGGAGGAAUCUACGACAGAAGAAACAGAGGAAGUUGAAACUGAUGGAGUUGAAAUCUACACUGAGUCUUCUUCUGACGCCGUUCAAAGUCCACAAGCAUCGACGUCUUCUACAGUCGUCCAAAGUCUACACCCACCGACACCUUCAAGAUAUCGGUCAAGGCUGACAAAAAGGACUUCAAAUACUGAUUCCGUAACUGAAGAUGUUCUUCUGUCGGUGCGUGAUCAUUUCAAACGUCCGGCUGUACCCGAAGAUGGUUGCGACGUUUUUGGCAAAAUGGUGGCAAUGAAAUUGCGUGACUUGCCCAGAGAACAGAGAUUGUUUGCAGAAAAAAAUAUUACUGAUACGUUAUUUGAGGCACAAUUUGGUAACUUAAUGAUAUCACACAAGCUCACAAGUUCAACUCCGCUAAAUCAGGUACAACAACAAAUCCAUCAGCAGCAGAUGUUAUCGGAAUCUCAUUACUCAAAUAACAGAAAUAUAAAUUACAAUUUACAAUCUCAGCAGAGUCAACCGACAUAUUUUCAUCAAAUACGAUCACAUGCACCAACUAGGCCAGACCCACAAAUUUCGGAUACCAGCCUUCAAUUAUCGGGUUCACUUUCCACCGAAAACAUGUCCAUGGGGACUUUAUUUUCUCAGUUUAACGGUGAAAAUUAA